GGAGCGCGGCUCGGCGCUGCUCCGCGAUGAGGAUGAGACGCGCGGGAAGACGCAGCUGAACCUGGACGGCAUGGAGGACGACGCGCGCUUUGGGUGUGAUCUUGUACCCCGGAUGUAACGCGGGCUUUGGGGACUUUUUUUUUUAUUUUCUUUUUCUCGGGUGGACAGGGCGCAGAGGUCCAAAGUGCGCGCACCUUGGCGGAUCCAGAUCAGGACCUGUUUUGUCCCCCCCCCAAUUGGACAUAGACUGUGUGCCGCUUCGUUUUUGGGGGGUCGCAGCUAAUCGGGACGAUACAUGCGUGUGGAUUGUAACGGCGGCGAUCUGCGGGUCUGCAUGGGCCGUAUUGAAGCUCGUAGGAACUGAGUCUAAGAUGAAGUUAUGGGACGUCGCGGCCAUGUGUUUGUUGCUCCUGAGCUCCGUCGCCAGCCGGCCUCUCUACCACCCAAGCACCCCGCAGCAGCCAGACAAGAGGAGCUUCCCUGACUCGCACACAUCCCAGCACCACCCAGAGGAGAAGUUGUUGUUGUUGCGGCGACGCCACGAGGAGCGCAGCCCGCAGGACGUCUCUGUGGAGGAUCAAUACGACACCACGGGUCCUGAUUCGGAGCACUUUGAUGACGUCAUGGACUUCAUCGAGGACACCAUCGGCAGACUGCGGCGGUCGUCGGAGUCGCGUCAGAGAGGAGCGUCCAACAGCAGGGGUCCGAGAGGCGAGAGGAGACGAGGGCGGAGUCGAGGCAAGGGAGGACGAGGCAGAGCGAGGACGUCGGUCCAGAGUCGAGGCUGCCUGCUGAAGGAGGUCCACCUCAACGUGACGGACUUGGGUCUCGGCUACCAGACCAAAGAGGAGCUGAUCUUCCGCUACUGCAGCGGGCCGUGUGCAGAGGCCGAGACCAACUACGACAAGAUCCUCAACAACCUGAGUCACGGCAGGAAGCUGGACAAGGACACGCCCUCCCGCACGUGCUGCAGGCCCAUCGCUUUUGACGACGACUUGUCCUUCCUGGACGACAACGUGGUGUAUCACACGCUCAAGAAACACUCGGCCAAGAAGUGCGGCUGUGUUUGACGCCGCGCAUUUUUUCGCGGGGAAAGCUGGAGCCUAUCCCAGCUAACACGCUGGAUCCACACUAAAUAUGGUUACAUUUCCUGCCUUCCUGAAAAAAAAAAACACACAAAAAAGUUUCUUUUUGUGGGGAAAAACUCCAGGAAUAUUCCUUCCUUUCUUUCUUGGGGUCCUGCAGAACCAGACCAGGAUUCAGCAAAGACCUUUUCGGCAUCUAAACAUGUAUAAAUACAUAAAAAUAUAAAUAUAUAUAUAUAAAUAUAUAUCAACGCUUGUGUGUAAGAGGUAUAUUUAUUAAGUUAACUUAUUGUUAUUUAUUUCUACUUGUUUUUUUUUUCUUAUUUAUUGAAAAGUUUGUCCUGGAUGGUGCCAAAGAGAAAGAAAAGAGACUCCGGACCAAAAGAAGCGAUCUCGUUUGCCUGGUUUUGAGUCAUGUGACCUGGCGGGAACAUCUGGGACUUGUCGAUUGGUUACACGUUUACAAGGAGGCGUAAAGAGGAACAGAAACAGUGGAGGAUCGGUCAGUCCAUGUUUUGGUCAUUUCACUUUCUUUUCAUCAAUGGAAAUUGGAAAAGAAAACCAAAUCAUUUAAAAAGGAACAUUGAAAAGCAAAAGUGUGUCGUGGUUGGUGGUCCGAUUCUGAAACGCAAAUCAAAAAACAAGGAUAGUGGCGUUUUUCCAUUUUCCAUAUGGAAAAAUUAAUCAAAAAAUCAUUUUUAAGUCAUUUAAAAUUAAAUUAAUUAAUUCAUUUAAAAUUAUGAAAUGAAUAAUUUUAAAUGAUUAAAAUUAUUUAAUCGUUUAAAAUAAAUGAUUAACAUUUUUAUUCAUUAUUUAAUCAUUAAUUAAAUAAUUAAUUAAACAUUAAUUUGUUUAAUUAAUUAUUAAACAAAUAAUCAAAAAAUUGUUUGAUUAUUAAACACACUUUUUGUUUGAAAACAAACAAAAAAAGGGUUGAUUUUCAUUCAAAUUGAUUUUGUGCUGUUUUCCUUUGCGCGUAACAUGUUUUUAGCAUAACGCUGACACCUUUGUUCAGCAGGAGUCCUAUUGUCAUUUUGAAAAACUGCCGAUAAAUAGUUGUCCAACUUUGUGUUCAUGUGGAAAAAAUAAUAAUCCAUGAAAAGAAAACUACAAAAAAACGAAUUUUAUGGCAAUAUUUGAAUGAAAAUCAACCCUUUUUUUUGUUAGUUUUCAAAUCUGCCAUACAUGGUAAAAAUCGAAAAAUGACCCUAACUGUGUUUUUUUAUUUGGGACACGGACCGAAGAGCAAUAACUACAUCUAUAUAGCGGUUGUGAUUUUUCAUUUCAUAUAAAAGAAAACAUUUCAAUCCCCAUCCAUCCAUUUCUACCGCUUAUUCCCUAGUAAACAGAAAGGAAAAACAGACAAAAACGGAUUCAACCAAAAAAAGAAGAGUCUUGGGUUGGCUUUUGGGCCGUUUUUCCAUUUUUAUUAUACACGGCAGUUUUGAAAACAAAAAAAAAGGGUUGAUUUUUAUUUAAAUUCAUUUUGUGUUGUUUUCCUUCGCGCUUAGCAUGUUUUUAGCAUAACGCUAACAAUAGAACAGGAGUCCUAUUGUCAGUUUUGAAAAAGUGUCUAUAAAUAAUUGUCCAACUUUGUGUUUAUCUGGGAAAAAAAUAAUAAUCCAUAAAAAGAAAACUGCCAAAAAACCAUUUUUUUUGGUAAUAUUUGAAUAAAAAUCAACCCUUUUUUUGUUUGUUUUCAAAUCUGCCAAACAGGUAAAUAUCGAAAAACGGCCCUAACCUUGUUUUCUCGAUUUGGGACACGGACCGGAGAGCAAUAAACUACAUUGUGAUUUUCAUUUUAUAUAAAAGAAAAAUUUAAAUCCCCAGUAAACAGAAACGGAAAACAGACCAAAACGGAUUCAACCAAAAGAAGAAGAGUCUUGGGUUGGAUUUUGGGUCCAUGUACCAUCCGUUCAUUCUAGUUCCAAUUCUGAAAAGCGAAUCAAAAAACAAGGAUUGGGCCGUUUUUCCAUUUUUAUUAUGUAUGGCAGUUUUGAAAACAAACAAAAAAGGGUUGAUUUUCAUUCAAAUUCAUUUUGUGUUGUUUUCCUUCGUGCUUAGCAUGUUUUUAGUAUAACGCUAACAAUAGAACAGAAGUCCUAUUGUCAGUUUUGAAAAAGUGUCUAUAAAUAAUUGUCCAACUUUGUGUUUAUCUGGGAAAAAAAUAAUCCAUAAAAAGAAAACUGCAAAAAAACAAUUUUUGGGGGUAAUAUUUGAAUAAAAAUCAACCCUUUUUUUGUUUGUUUUCAAAUCUGUCAAACAGGUAAAAAUCGAAAAACGGCCCUAACUUUGUUUUUUCUAUUUGGGACACGGAACGGAGAGCAAUAACUACAUUGUGAUUUUCAUUUUAUAUAAAAGAAAAAUUUAAAUCCCCAGUAAACAGAAACGGAAAACAGACCAAAACGGAUUCAACUAAAAGAAGAAGAGUCUUGGGUUGGCUUUUGGGUCCAUGUACCAUCCGUUCAUUCGAGUUCCAAUUCUGAAACGCGAAUCAAAAAACAAGGAUUGGGCCGUUUUUCCAUUUUUAUCACGUGGCAGUUUUGAAAACCAACAAAAAAGGUUAUUUUCGUUCAAAUAUAGCAAUAACAUUUGAUUUUGUGCUGUUUUCCUUCGCGCUUAGCAUGUUUUAGCAUAACGCUAACAACUUUGUUCAGCAGGAGUCCUAUUGUCGUUUUGAAAAACUGCGGAUAUAUAGUUGUCCAACUUUGUGUUCAUCUGGAAAAAAUAAUAAUCCAUAAAAAGAAAACAACAAAAAAAUGACAAACUGAAGCGGAAGCAGUAUGUUAGCUUUUCCUUUGCUUUUAGCCUGUUUCAGCAUAACGCUAACACCUUUGUUCAACAGGAGUCUUAUUGCCGUUUUAAAGAAGUGUCAAUAAAUAGUUGUCCAACUUUGUUUUUAUAAAAAUCCAUAAAAAGAAAACCGCAAAUAAUCCAAUUUUAUGGCAAUACUUGAAUGAAAAUCAACCCUUUUUUGUUUGUUUUCAAAUCUGCCAUACAUGGUAAAAAUCGAAAAAACAGCCCUAACUUUUUUUUUGAUUUGCGUUUCAGAAUUGGAAAUAGAAUGAACAAAAACAAAGAUAGGGCCAAUUUUUUUUAUUUUUACCAUAUAUGGCAGAUUUGAAAACACACAAAAAAGGAUUGAUUUUCAUUCAAUAUUUUCCCUAAAAUUUGAUUUUUUUGCGGUUUUCUUUUUAUGGAUUUGUAUAAACACAAACUUGGACAACUAUUUAUUGACACUUUUUUAAAACGACAAUAGGACUCCUGCUGAACAAAGGUGUUAGCGUUAUGCUAAAACAUGCUAAGCGCAAAAGAAAAGCUCAAAUACUGCUUCCGGUUUCAAUUCGUCAUCACACAGAUAAACAUGCAUUUUGGGAUUUUGGAUUAACCUGAAUUGGAGUUUUGUGUCUAUAUGGAAAAAGAAAAAUUCAUAAAAGGAAAACAGCACAAAAUCCAAUUUUAUAGCAGGAUUUGAAUGAAAAUCUACCCUAUUUGUUUUAAAAUCUGCCAUAUAUAUAUAUAUAUAUAUAUAUAUAUAUAUAUAUAUAUAUAUAUAUAUAAAUAUAAAAAAGGCCCUAAUCAUGUUUUUUGAUUAGCGUUUAAGAAUACAAAAUAGAAUGAAUGGCAGGUAAACAGACCUUGUUCUUUUGGUUUCAUCCGUUUUGGUCUGUUUUUCCCUUUCUAUUUACUAGGGAUUUAAAUUAUUGUUUUACAUGAAAUGAAAAUGAAACCGUUAUAUAGAUGUAGGUCCGUGUACCUCCCCGUUCAUUCCAUUUUGAAUUCUCAAAUGCAAAUCAAAAAACUUUUUUUUUGGAGGGGCCAUUUUUUCUAUUUUCAUUUCUUAAACAAAAGUUGAAAAACUAUUUAAAGACACUUUUAUAAAACCACAACUGCUCAACAAAGAUCUUACCGUCAUGCUAAAAACAUGCCAAGGAAAAGCUAAAAUACUGCUUCCGGUUCAAUUUGUCAUCACAUGGAUGAACAUUUUUGGUUUUUUUUGUGUUUAUCUAAAAAAAAAUAAAACCCUUAAAAGGAAAACAGCACAAAAUCCAAUUUCAUGGCAAUAUUUGAAUGAAAACCAACCUUUUCUUGUUCUGUUUGCAUAGCUCGGUUGGUAGAGAGGCCGUGCCAGCAACUUGAGGGUUGCAGGUUCGAUUCCCGCUUCAGCCAUCCUAGUCACUGCCGUUGUGUCCUUGGGCAAGAAACUUUACCCACCUUCUCCCAGUGCCACCCAAACUGGUUUAAAUGUAACUUAGAUAUUGGGUUUCACUAUGUAAAGCUAUGUAUGGAUCGGUUCGCAGCCGAGUGUGAAGCGACCGGAAUGAGAAUCAGCACCUCCAAGUCAGAGUCCAUGGUUCUCGCCCGGAAAAGGGUGGAAUGCCAUCUCCGGGUUGGGGAGGAGACCCUGCCCCAAGUGGAGGAGUUCAAGUACCUAGGAGUCUUGUUCACGAGUGGGGGAAGAGUGGAUCGUGAGAUCGACAGGCGGAUCGGUGCGGCGUCUUCAGUAAUGCGGACGUUGUACCGAUCCGUUGUGGUGAAGAAGGAGCUGAGCCGGAAGGCAAAGCUCUCAAUUUACCGGUCGAUCUACGUUCCCAUCCUCACCUAUGGUCAUGAGCUUUGGGUCAUGACCGAAAGGAUAAGAUCACGGGUACAAGCGGCUGAAAUGAGUUUCCUCUCCCUUAGAGAUAGGGUGAGAAGCUCUGCCAUCCGGGAGGAACUCAAAGUAAAGCCGCUGCUCCUUCACAUCGAGAGGAGCCAGAUGAGGUGGUUCGGGCAUCUGGUCAGGAUGCCACCCGAACGCCUCCCUAGGGAGGUGUUUAGGGCAUGUCCAACCGGUAGGAGGCCACGGGGAAGACCCAGGACACGUUGGGAAGACUAUGUCUCCCGGCUAGCCUGGGAACGCCUCGGGAUCCCCCGGGAAGAGCUAGACGAAGUGGCUGGGGAGAGGGAAGUCUGGGUUUCCCUGCUUAGGCUGUUGCCCCCGCGACCCGACCUCGGAUAAGCGGAAGAAGAUGGAUGGAUGGAUGGAUGGAUAUGUAAAGCGCUUUGAGUCACUAGAGAAAAGUGCUAUAUAAAAUAUAAUUCACUAACUCACUUUUCAAAUCUGCCAUAUACGGUAAAAACCGAAAAACGGCCCUGAUUUUAUUUUCUCUGGGUUUGCGUUUCGGAAUUGGAAAUAGAAUGAAAGGAAGGCAAACGGACCCUUUUCAAAGGAACAAUUUGUUUUUCAAUUUAUUCAACAGAAAUUCGAAUAAACCAAUAGGUCUUUUUUUUUGUUUUUUAACUCAAGGUGAACCCCGCCUUCCGCCCGAAUGCAGCUGAGAUAGGCUCCAGCACCCCCCCCCCCCCCGCCACCCUGAACGGGAAAAGCGGUAGAAAAUGGAUGGAUGGACAGAAUUCCCAUUUAUGAAAAGAAAAUGAAAUGACCAAAGCAUACAUUGACCUGGAUCCCUCCUGGCAAUUAGCAACCUGAAACCAAUUUUUUUUUAAUUAUUCUUUUUACCUUCUAUCCAGCCUCUGACAGACACGUAAUGAAAAGGACAUAACACCCCCGCCCCCAACCCACUUUCUUUUCUCAACACGAGUCUUAAGCAAACAACCCCGCUGGCAAAAAAAUGCAGUUUAGUGAGACUUUGGCUACUGUAUGGCGGCUGUCAUCGUGCCAGUGACGCUCCAACAAGAGCAUUAAAAAAAAACGUUUAGGAGGAGACAUGUUGCAUUUGAACACGCAAAAACUUGUUGAAGGAGCAGACAUCACGGAUUAAAAGCAUCUAGAGGCGACAAGAACGAAGGGUCUUGACGUUAACACGGAUUAGGGACCAAGGUAUCUGUGCACCAGGCAGCUUUACGACAUCUAAUCCCCCCCCAGCACACAUGAAUAUAUAUUUAAAUCCACGACGAUUUAGGCCAUCGAUUUUGAACUGGUUUCUUCCAAGGUUUUUGUCCCAGAUGACAACCAUGCUUCUUUAGACAAAACGGUAUCAGUCUUGUACAACAUCUGGCAACACGUUUCUAGUGUUGCCAGAUAAGGACGACCCUGCAAAAGGAAACAUCUCCCGUGUCUGAAGUGCGAGAUCCAAUGGCUUAUUUUCUUGGCAUGUCUGUGGGCACCCAAAAAAAAAAAAAAAAAAAUUGUCAUUGUUUUGUGUUCCAACAACCAAAGCUAUGGGGGCAAACUUUAUUUUUGUACAAUAUUCAUCAUGUUUUUGUUUUUAUAACACUUUUUACAGAAAUAAUAAAAAAAACAACUUGUUUCUAUGAAA